AUGCCUUCCACAACGGGCUCUAAUCACUGGACUCUAUCAGAGGUACUUGGGCAGCGAAGGCUCUUAGGGCUCGGAGCUCUGCUGGCAUGGCUCGUCCUCUUCCAUCUCCUCGUGAAUGUCUGGCUCCUCUGCGUCUUCACCAGUCUCUUGGUGGUUCUCGGAGGUUGGCUCGGGUCCCGUGCCGUGCUGGACGCGAACAGCCUCCUCCACCUGGAACACUUUUUGCCCCUUGGCAAAGUUAACCCGCCUCUGUAUUCGCCUGAACAUGAGUGGAGGUUGAACCACGAGAUCCACAGCGCCGUCCACAAAGCGGUGCGUGACUUUGUGUCCUCGUGGUAUCGAACUCUGCUCCCAGAGGUGGAGGGGGAGUUUGAACGUGCGGUGCGUAGUUCGAUGCUGGAGUCGGUGAUGGAACUGAAGGAGCGCGCGCGGCGAGUGGACAGAAAGGCGCUGGUUCAACGGCUGCUAGAGCUGUAUGGCUGUCACCUGCAGAGCUACAUGACGGCGAGGCAGAUACAGUCAACGCAAAAGCAGAGCUUCAGCCUCUGGAAGCUCUACAGUGAGGUAGACGCCCCCCACCCAGCUGUGAGCAGUGCAGCCGCUGAGCUCAGCUACUCGAGAGCUCUGGUUAACCUCGUCUUACAUGUGCUAGUUCCAUACCCCCAGAUGGAAACCAGGACUGGAGGUUACAUGGUUACAGAGCUCAUCACAUGCAACGUGCUGUUGCCGCUCAUAAGCAGGGUGUCCGAUCCCGACUGGCUCAACCAGACCAUUGUAGACAUAAUCACCAGGUCCAGAGAGUCACAGGAAAUGAACGUGGAUGAGAUCCCAGCUGCUCUAUAUAGAUGUCAGAUCCAGCAGGAGUCCUGGACCACCUGCAGGUCACUGUCUUCUUCCGAUCCGACCGGCCUCAGCAGCAGAAACACCUCUGACCUUGAUGAUAUGCAGAGCCAGAGCAGCAUCUGUGAGAGGGAUUCCUCGCAGGGCAGCAUGGUUAGCCUGACGUCUUACGGGAAAGUAGAAGGUUGCCAUGUAGGUUUGCUCACCCAAUGCAAGGUGAACUGCUGGUCACUCACAUCUGGCCGCUUCUCCCAGUCACCAGAGCCCAAAAUGAUUUCAUUGGACUCCUUUAUCCAAUCGGACUCCGAAGAUGACCUGACAGGAGGCUUUUGCGACUGCGGUUCUCCGACGAACAUCUGCAACGCGAUCACUUUAAAGGACGAUGAGGCUUUCGGGUGCUUCGGCCCUCUGAAAACUCUUGGGCCGAAGCCAGUGGUGCCCGAGGACUCCCAGUGGCCAGCAGGUAUAGCCCAAGAGAAAUCCCCAACAUGUCCUCCAAGAAGACUUUGUCUUAACUCCUGCAGCUUUGAUUCCCCCAACAUCCAAGCUGCAGCUGUGAACAUCCAGAAUGUGCAAAUUUCUGGCACUGUGGCUGCAAAGGAACAGCGUGGCACAAGCACACAUCCCUAUACUCUCUACACUGUAAAGUUCGAGACAAUGGCUCCAGCGGAAAACGGUGAAACUCUGCAACCGGUGUCCUGUCACACUGUCAACCGGAGAUACAGCGAGUUCCUCAAUUUGCAAACACGCUUAGAGGAGAAGCCUGAGGUCAAGAAAGUAAUCAAGAAUGUCAAAGGCCCCAAAAAAAUGUUCCCUGACCUACCAUUUGGCAACGCAGACAGCGAAAAGGUUGAAGCCCGUAAAAGCCAACUGGAUACGUUCCUUAAACAAUUGAGCAGCAUUCCUGAGACAUCCAACAGUGAGGACAUGCAAGAGUUCCUGGCUGUCAACUCAAAUGACUGCUCAUAUUUUGGAAGAAAGCCUUUUGCCAAGUCAAGAAUUGAUAAGAUGAUGGAAAAUGCUUUAGACACCUUGAAGACAGCUUUCCCUCAUCCUGAGCCCCUCAGUCCAAUGGACGACCUAGAGGGAGAUGCUGACGGAAGAACAAUUGACAGCAGAAAGUACAGGAGGCUUAUGUUCCCAAGCAAAGUUUCCCCGUCUCUCAACAUACCUGACCUACACCCUAAAGUGACAUACUGCUUUAGUGAAGGCAGCGCUAUCCUCAAUGGCAUGUCACUGUCAGGCCUGGAGAGCUUCGUCCAAGAGCAGGAAAGGCUUUUAUGUGAGCAGAAUGGGAAAGAGACAGCCAAGCAGAGAUGUGAGCAGCUUGGCUUAGACAAGAAGACGUCAGGGAAAACUCAUGGCACAGACACAGCUGUGGCAGAUGUUGCUUUGAACAUUUUGUGUCUGCUGAUGAAGGACCAGUGGAGUUGGCUUUGCACUGAGAACAUACAGAAGACCAUCAGACUGCUCUUUGGUACCUUCAUUGAGAGAUGGUUGGAUUUAGGGGUUGCCCACCUUACCAGUGCCCCCUGUUGGGUGAUUUACCUUCAAGUGCUGCAGGAAGCUGUAUGGCCAGGCGGCACGCUGCCUGCUCAACCACGACCAGAGCGUAGUGCCGCCGAAAGAGACGAAACCAAGGAGCAAUGUCUGGACUGUCUAAUGCAGCUGAUGCCAGAGCUCAUCACUGACUUGUUAGGAAGUGAGAAGUACAGACUGAGCUUGGAGACCGUCCUGGAGUCUUUACAGGACCAUCAGAUAAACAAGCAUCUGAUCUACUGCAUCUGUGACCUGCUGCUUGAGUUACUGAUCCCUGAGUCAUGCGACAAGGCCUUCCAGGGGUCUCUGCUGCAGAGCCUGGCCAAAGACGCAGAGAGGGACAAUCCUCACAUAUGAACAGGACAUGAUAACACCCAGAUGCCCCACGGUUGUAGGCAAUUGAUGCAUAACACGCUGUACGUA